AAACUCCGCACGCCCGCCGCCGCUCGCAACACCCGUGAUCCCUCCGCGAACCCGGCGAACAUCCGACUCCCCGCCCCGACACACAUUCCAUUCAUGGAUCCGCCGCCAGUGUUCACGCUCGCUUUGCUCUCGGACUCGUCGCACCUGCCAGACCUUCUGCGGGGGAUCCUGCACACGAUCUUCUUCCACCGGUUUUUCUCGUCAUUCCGGCCGUUUACGCGGGACCUGUUAGACAUAACGUUGCCGAGCUUCAACGAUCCGGCGCUCGACACUGUGAUCGAGAGCCGGCUGCGGACGCUCGAGGGCGACACCGCGCCGCCACAGGUCGCCGUCUGCUUCUACGAGAAGAAGGCGCGUAAGGCUUCCUGGUUUGCAAAAGAGGAAAAGGUCUGCUGGGAACAGUGGGUCAUCAAUAUCACGCUUGUCGCGCCCAGGACCGAGGCUGAGAGGGCCCACGCAAGGAGACAGAUCGAGGAUCAGCUGCAGGCUACGAUACUCAAGAUCAUCGCCGUGGCGAGUGCGGAGAAGAAUCAUGUUCCGCCGAUCACGACAAACGAUGCGAACCCGUUUCCGUACACGAUAGCGCUGCUGCCGAAGGGAGAGACGUGGGGAACACGGAUGGGCAUCUUCUGAGAUGGCGCGGUGGAAGGGAACGGGGAGGGACAGAUAAUGAGCGGGGAUAGAUUCAUGAUUGCGGUGUUCCGGCGUUGAACCUAAAAUAUUACUAUUGCAUGUUUCCUUUUUCUUCUUGUUUUGGGGCCGUUACAUUUUCUU